GGCUCCCCUAGCGGGGCCCGGCGACACAGUGGGCUCCCUGGAUCCGGGGGGCUGUGGGGCAGCCAUGCUCCUGUCGGGGGGCGAGCCUCCGGCGCAGGAGUGGCUCCGGGUGCAGAAUAAAUCUAAGCCCCGCGUCCAGCGCCAGCGGCUGCCGCUGCAGCGCAUCUUCAGGGUCAAGCUCAGCGCCUUCCAGGGCCGCCCGGACACCUCCUACUUCUGGCUUCGGCUCGAGGGGCCCAAGGAGAACCUGAGCAAAGCCAAGGAGUACCUGAAGGGCCUGUGCAGCCCAGAGCUGUGGAAGGAGGUGCGCUACCCGCCGGUCCUGCACUGCGUGUUCCUGGGCGCCCAGGGCCUCUUCCUGGACUGCCUCUGCUGGAGCUCCCAGGCCUACCUGGUGCCCGGGGCGCCCGGCUCCCUGAUGGUGGGUGGGCUCACCGACUCCUUCGUCCUCACCCAGAAUUGGCUGGAGGAGCUGGUGGGCCGGCUGCGCUGGGGCUCUGUGCCCCUGUUCACCCCCCGCGGAGCCCGGGAGGUGGAGGUGAGCCGGGCCUUUGGCGCCCUGGUCUGGCUCCGUGCUGACCAGUACGCAGGCUGCCUGCUGCAGCUGCCCCCAGCUGUCCAGGAGCUGCUGCUGAGCCUGGUGCGGGACACCGCGGGCAAGGAGGAUAUCGUCGAGUGGCUGGGCAGCGUGGGCCCCUCCCCGCGCCCCUUCCUCCUGCCCAAGCAGAGCCUGGCCCUGGUGCCCGCCGGGGACAGCGCUGGGCCCUCAGUCCAAGCAGGGGCCCCCCGAAAAGGCGCCUCGGAGAACUCCAAGAGAUUGUCCAGCCCGGGGAACACCCACCCGCCACCCUCCAGCACACCCGGCCAGAGCCCACCGCAGGAGGCAGCGAAGCAGCUGGUCUGGGUCAGCUCCCGCAACCAAGGUGACUCAGAGGACAGUGCUGGCAAGGAAGGGGCCUCCCAAGGCAAUGGCAGCAGCCAGGACUCGGCAAACCACACACAGGCCUGGUCCCCCCAGCGGCAGGUGCAGAGGGUGGAAGACAAACUCCCCUUCCCGCCGCCUCCAGUGUCUAUCCUGGGCCUGUGUCCUCCCUGGAAAGCCUGGACCCCAGCGCCUGUGGCCUUUGGGCCCCUGUGGCCGGGGGCUGUGGCUGCCACCUUCUGGAGAAUCAAUGAACUGCAGUCUCUCCACCUGGCCUGGCUCCUGUCUCAGGCCUACCUCACUUUCCCCUUCUGGCAGAGGCCCCUGGGCCCUAUUCAGCUCAAGCUGCCGGGGCAGACGCCUGUGCCCUUAAAUCUGGAGUGGAAGCCAAAGGAGCUGGUCCCUCUUCCCAGUGUGGAGAGACUGGAUGGGGGGCCAGGAGGAGAGGCAGCCCUGCAGAACUGCCCAAGCCCUGAGACCCCCCACAAAGUCGUGAGCUUGUUGGUGGUUUCAGGCGGCCCCGAGGCGAAGGACCAAGCUAGCCCAGGACUCCUCCAAAUUGAGCCACCUUUGCCCUCCACUCCCCAGGCACCCGCUGGAAGCGAGCUGGGGGCUCCGGGCAGUGGGAGGCAGGAUUGUGAGGGGCUGGAGGGGAUUCCUGUUCCAGCGCUGCCCACCGGGCCAGAGGUGCCGCCCACCGCGGAGAGGCCGGGGGCUCAGGGGGCACUUCCAACCCCGGCGGUCCUGGAAGCUCAGACAGUGCCUGAAACUCUCAAAGUGCCUGGGGCCGCUGCCAUGCCUAUGACCCCAGCCCUGCCCUCAGUGCCAGUGCUCCCUGCAGCCGCCCAAGUGCCUGCAGCCCCGAUGAUGCUGCCUGUGGCCCCCGCUGAGCUUGCUGACCCCAGAGCGCCUUCGGCCCCGGCGAAGCCCGCGGCGGCUCAAGGAGUGUCUGCAUCUCACAAGGCUGCUGGGGACCCGCUGGUGUCCACAGCGGCUGCGACGGUGCCUGCUACUGCCCAGACCCUGCCCACUCAGAAGGGGCCAGUGGCCGAAGCAGCCCCCACGGGCCGCAGAGGACCCAAGCCCCCCACAGGGCCUGUAGCUCAGACCGGAGCAGUGACUCCCAAAGGACCAGCUGCCCCCAGAGCGUCCAGAGCCCCUCAAACACCCGUGGCUCAGAAGGGAUCCCCAGGUGCGAGGUCCACCUCGGACGCCACCAAGCUCCUGAGCAACGCCCCGCCUUCCCCAAAGGGCUCUGCCUCCUGCCCACAGGGCCCUCCGCUCAGCGUCCGACCUCACAUGGAGGGGCUCCUGGGGGCCUGGGAGGGGACCCCCCGGCAGUCGCCCCGACACCUGCAGCCUAGCAGCACAGUGACCAGCUUCCAGAGGUUCCACGAGGCCCUGAACACGCCCUUCGAACUGGCCCUGUCCGAGGAGCCGGGAGACCAGGGCCUGCGGCGGGUGGUCAUCGAUGGCAGCAGUGUGGCCAUGGUGCAUGGCCUCCAGCACUUCUUCUCCUGCCGGGGUAUUGCCAUGGCAGUGCAGUACUUCUGGAACCGUGGCCACCGAGAGGUCACCGUGUUUGUCCCCACGUGGCAGUUGAAGAAGAACCGGCAGGUGCGAGAGAGCCACUUCCUGACGAAGCUGCACUCCCUCAAGAUGCUCUCCAUCACUCCCUCGCAGCUGGAGAACGGCAAGAAGGUCACCACCUAUGACUACAGGUUCAUGGUGAAGCUGGCUGAGGAGACGGAUGGUGUCCUCGUCACCAAUGAGCCGCUCCACGUCCUGAUGAAUAAUUCCAAGAAACACAUGGUCAAGGACCGCCUGCUGCCCUUCACCUUUGCGGGAAAUCUCUUCAUGGUGCCGGAUGAUCCCCUGGGCCGUGAUGGCCCCACACUGGAUGAGUUUCUGAAGAAGCCGAACAGGUUGGACACUGAUGUCGGCAACUUCCUGAAGGUGUGGAAGACUCUUCCUCCCCGCCCGGCCCGUCUCACUGAGCUCAGUGAGGAGGAUACCCUGGAGCCCCAGGAGAACCCACAGGAGUUGGUGAAGGAAAUCAGGGAGGAGGAGAGGCGGCAGGAGCACCAGGAGGAGGGGCUGGAGGUACAAGAGCCAGGGGGGCAGGAGCCGGGGGAAGAUGACGACGAGGGCUCUCUGCUGGCGUCCGUGUUCAGACUCGAGUGCCCUGUGCUCUCAGAGGAACUCCUCCGGUGUCUCAGUCUCCCGGAGGCCCCCCACGGGGUCCUGGACAUCGAUCUCCUGCCGGGGCUACCUUCUCCCUCCCUGGGGGUCCCCUGGGACGGGAAGCCCCCCUGUCAGCAGGUUCUCGCCCACCUGGCCCGGCUGACCCUCCCCAGCAACUUCACUGCCCUCUCCUUCUUCCUGGGGUUCAUGGACUCGCACCGGGACGUCAUCCCGGACUAUGAAGCUUUGGUGGGCCCCCUGCACAGUCUCCUCCGGUUGAAGCCCGACUGGCGGUGGGAGCGUGAGCACGAGCUCGCCUUCCUGGCCCUGAAGCGCAGCCUGGUGUCCGCCCUCUGCCUCUCGGCCCCCGAUGCCCAGCUGCCCUUCCGCCUGGAGGUGCUGGUGAGCCAGGUGGCGCUGACUGCCGUCGUCUACCAGGAGCACUCGGGGAGGAGGCAUCCGGUCGCCUAUACCUCGAAACCCCUGCUCCCCGACGAGCAGGGCCAGGGUCCCCAGUCUGGGGGGGACAGCCCCUAUGCAGUGGCCUGGGCCCUCAAGCAUUUUUCCCGUUGCAUCGGGGACAGCCCUGUGAUCCUGGACCUCUCCUAUGCGGCCCGGCCUUCGGGGGGCGCCGGGGGGCUGGAGGCCUGCCAGAGCCCCGACAACGCAUGGCUGAUCCGGUGGAAGCUCUUGGUCCAGGACAAAGGCAAGCGGACUCUGGAGCUGACCCUGCUGCAAGGCCUCCUGGGAGAGAACCGGCGGUUGAUGCCCGCGGCCGCCCUCCCGCGCUGUUUCCAGGCGCUGCCUCCCCUCUCGGACCUGUCCACCUUCGUCUGCAUCCACAUGUCCGGCUAUUGCUUCUCCCAGGAUGACGACGAGUGGUGCUCGGGCUUCGGGCUCUACGUCUUGUCGCCCUCCAGCCCCCCGGUGUCCCUUUCCUUCUCCUGUGCCCCUUCCACACCCACCUACGCCCACCUGGCCGCUGUGGCCUGUGGCCUGGAGCGCUUUGGCCAGUCCCAGCACCCUGUGGUCUUCCUCACCCACUGCAGCUGGAUCUUCAGCAUCUUGUGGGAGCUGCUGCCCCUCUGGCAGGCCCGGGGCUUCCUCUCCUCCGACGGGGCGCCGCUACCUCACCCUGACCUGCUCUCCUACAUCAUCGCCCUCACUUCCGGCCUCUCGGCCCUCCCGUUCAUCUACCGAACCUCCUACCGGGGCUCCCUGUUUGCUGUGACGGUGGACACUCUGGCCAAGCGGGGUGCACAGGGCGAGGGGCCGCGGUGGGACUUACCAAAGGACGUGCCCAGCCCCGUGGUGUCUCCCCGGGCGGCAGGCAAGCGGCCCGACUUGCUGGCCUUGCAGCUGCGGGACAGCACCCUGGCCGACACCAUCGCCAAGCUGCAGAGCGGCCAGCGGCCGCCGGGCUCGUCCCCUUUCGGCUCCGUCUACAGCUCGCUCAGCCUCGACCGCGAGAGCGGCCUGCUCAUGUUCAAGGGGGAGAAGAGGCCCCGGGUCUGGGUGGUCCCGAGGCAGUUGCGGCGGGAUCUGAUUUUCUCCGUGCAUGACCUGCCCGUGGGGGCCCACCAGAAGCCCGAGGAGACCUACAAGAAGGUGCGGUUGCUGGGCUGGUGGCCGGGGAUGCAGGAGUACGUGCGCACUUACUGCCGGAGCUGCCUCUUCUGCACCCCCCAGAGCCCCGGGGGCGGGGAGCUGAAGGUCAUCGAGUCCCUGUGGCCACUCAGAUCCACCGCGCCCUGGGCCAACCUGCAGAUCGAGGUGGUGGGCCCGGUGACGGCCAGUGAGGAGGGCCACAAACACGUGCUGAUCGUGGCCGACCCCAACACCCGCUGGGUGGAGGCGUUCCCCCUGAAGCCCUACUCGCAUGCGGCCGUGGCGCAGCUGCUGCUGCAGCACGUGUUUGCCCGCUGGGGUGUGCCCGUCCGCCUGGAGGCGGCCCAGGGCACCCAGUUUGCCCGCCACGUCUUGGUGAGCUGCGGGCUGGCCCUGGGCGCCCAGGUGGCCUCCGCCAGCCGAGACCUCCAGCUGCCCAGCCUAAGCAGCUCAGGCGCCUACUGGGAGUUCAAGCGGGCCCUCAGGGAGUUCAUCCUCCUGUACGGCCGCCACUGGGCCUCCUGCCUGCCCCUGCUGCACCUGGCCUUCAGGGCCUCCUCCCUGCAGGACACGCCCGUGCAGAUCCUCAUGGGGGCCGAGGGCAGGCUGUCCGGGCCCCUGUGGUGGGAGAUGAGCGGGGCUAACAUCCAGGGCCUGCACAUGGACAAUUUCCUGCGGCAGCUGACCCCCGAGCUGCUGGAGCUGCACUGGAGGGAGGCCGACAAGGCCAGUGAGAAGGCCGAGAACCGGCGCUUCCUGCGGGAGAGCCAGGAGAGGGAGUGGAAGGUGGGCGACCAGGUGUUGCUGCUGUCCCUCCCCAGGAAUGGCAGUGGGGCCAAGUGGGUGGGGCCCUUCUACAUUGGGGACCGGCUGAGUCUGUCCCUCUACAGGGUUUGGGGCUUCCCCACCCCCGAGAAGCUGGGCUGCAUCUACCCCAGCAGUCUGAUGAAGGCCUUUGCCAAUUGUGCCACCCUGUUGCCCCUCAACGUCCUAGAGCAGUGAGCAGGGGUCUGCCCCUGGGUCCAGGGGUCUGCUGCUAGACUUCUCUGCACACUGCCCACAC